AUUAGUAAAUAGUACUGGAGACUAGGUUUCUCGGGUUUCAUACUCGAAAGUUUUCAUAGAUACCUCCCACGUAUUUCUUGUCCCCUUUCCACAUUAUACUCAAAGCACCUUCCGAAUUUUGGGAUACUAUUAGAAUAUCAUGGCCACAAACAUGAAUGUUGUGCGUAGAUGCGGCACUUUGAGUGCUGUUGGUCUACUUGCAGUAAUGCUUGUUAAAGUCCAAAGUUCAUGCAGUGGCGUGCUCGAUCAUUCUUGAUGGUGCCAAGGAUAAGCUGGCGAGCAGCUUGUCCGCUUUUCGGAUCUCAGGUUGAAUCUGAGCCACGAGUAAAAUAGGAACUUCACUAUAAGCACGACCUUCUACGAUCCAUGUGCGCACACUACUCUGCGGAAUAAUUGCACAUCUGAGGUUCGACCGUAGCCAGAUUUGAGGCAGUUAUGUUUCUCUGAUUGUUUCUUGGCAAGUUUAUGUUCGCAGUGGCGUACCAUUUUGCAACCAUUUGGAUUAACGCCUAGGAACAUGCAUGAUAGAUCAUUAUGGUCUUCGAUGACGCAUCGGUCACUCCCCAAAUGUCGGCUUUGCAAACGCCGCAACGACGAAGUUCUGAGGAGACAAGCUCUGCUCUGCCCAAAUCCCCUCUUCGUAGCCCUGCCUGCCGGGUGCCCAACGGUCGCUGUGCUGCCCUUUGCUCCGACGGUCCUUCGGGCCUUCGAUGCCUCCUUUGAGGCAGCAGACAGAAAUCUGCGAAUGUCCUCAAAUGUCUCACCGGGUGUCUGCCGUCAUUGCCGUCAUUCUCGACCAGCAGUUUCUCCAGUGCGCAUGAAAUCGCUGGCACUCCGAUGGAGAUCGAGCUGGAGGAUCUGUACCCUGAAUAACAGAAUCGAAGCCGAGUCAAUGAAUCGAGUCACGGGAGUGGUUAGUGAGAGUAACUGACAGAUAGAUUUCUGGUUGCGUUGCUGCGGCCUUCCAACAGUCGCCGGCGGGCGGUUGUUCUUUCGUGGCUUCAUUUGCUCGAGAAUUUCAUCGUACUCAUGCAUCCGAGCUCUGCAGUGGGUGCAAGUCUGUAGGACCUGAGAGGCAUUCUGGUCUCCCCGGACGUCUGCGCCUGUUGCUGAGAGGAUUCGGAUUCGGAUUAGGAUUAGGCCACGGUGUGAUCGGAUCGCUUUCGGAAAGAGAUAUCAAAAGGCCUGAAACAUUGAAUUGGGGUCAUGCCAUCUGCCAGAGUGCUGCAGGAAGGGCGGUGCUCCACGGAAGUGAGAACUGUCAUACGUGAACUUUUGGCCAAUUGGUGGGAUGGUCGGGGAUCCACGAGAUUCAUCAAGACCAGACGUCAACCUUCAUCCCUCUUUAAUUGCCACGACGCCCUCGCUCAUGAGCCAUGGCUGACUGCGGCGAGAGAACGUUUUUCUGUCACUGGGAUGUGUCUGACAGCGACGCCAACCGGUUCUUAGACUUGCACGGUAGUGGUAGUCAGUGGAAUGGUCGAGCGGCAGUGGACGCCGCCUGCAAGUCAGGGGAGGGAAGCGUCAAUUUCAUGGAUGUGGACACGGACAUGUCGGACCCCGAGGCGGAUGAGAGAAUCCCAUUCAAGAAGCACACAAAAUGGCCCGCGACUUCGGACGACAAAGUGGGGCGAGACGAGGAGGAGGAGGAAACCCUAAAUGAGUUGCACCAUGCCCUGCAGGCAUGGCCGUCCAUCAAGCAAAUUCUGUCGGAGAUCAGCAAGCAGAAGAAGAUCGGAGGUCCGAUCGCAGCCAUGAACAUAAUGUGGUUCGCGAGAUUCAUCAUAUCCACCAUGUUCUUGGGCCACCUGGGAGGGUUGGAGCUUGCAGGAGGAACGAUGGCCCUGACCUUCGCAAAUGUCACGGGAUUCUCCAUCCUCAUGGGUCUGUCCGGCGGAAUGGAGCCCCUCUGUUGCCAGGCCUUCGGCGCCAAGCGCCACAAGCUCAUCGGCCUCGCCCUUCAACGAGGCAUCCUGCUCAUGCUGCUCGCCUGCAUCCCCGUCUCGUUCGCUUGGCUGAACGUGGAGAAAGUCCUGCUCUGGUUCGGCCAAGACCGCGACAUCGCAGCCAUGGCGAAGCAAUAUCUCAUCUACCUGCUGCCAGAUUUGGUGGCCACUGCCGUGCUGAGCCCGCUGCGAAUCUAUCUCCGGUCGCAGUGCAUCACGAAGCCCAUGAUGCUGUGCUCCGCCCUGGCCAUGUCUCUGCACAUUCCCCUGAAUUUCUUCCUCGUGUUCGGACUGAAACUGGGCGCUUCCGGAACAGCUUUGGCCUCAGCCCUUACCGACCUCAAUCUGAUUAUCAUGCUCGUCAUCUACAUCCACCAGACGGGAAUUCAUCGACGAUCCUGGCCCGGGUGGUCGAGGGCGAGCUUGCAAGAUUGGGGCCCGUUCAUAAAACUCGCAGGGCCUGCGUGCCUCAUGACAUGCUUGGAGUGGUGGUGCUAUGAAACCAUGACGCUUCUGACGGGCCUCCUCCCAGACGCGCACAAAGCUGUGGCCAUCAUGGCCAUCGUUCUCAAUGGCGACACCGUGUGCUACGCAUUGCAAGUGGCUCUGAGCUCGUGCGUUUCGACUCGUGUCGGCAACGAGCUCGGGGCCAAUUCUCCAUUAGCUGCGUACCAUGCUUCUCUGGCGGCGCUGAGCGUGAGCGUCGCGCUCGCGUGCUUGGGCGCGACCUGGCUCAUCUGCGCGAGGAAGAUUUGGGGCAAGCUCUUCACGUCGGACAAGGACAUUCUGCUCGGGGUGGCCAGGCUGCUCCCGAUCAUGGGCCUCUGUGAAUUCGGCAACUUCCCGCAGACGGUCUGCUGCGGUGUUCUGCGAGGCAGUGCUCGUCCUUCGACGGGGGCGUACGCCAAUCUCGGCGCGUUUUAUCUGGUCGGCAUUCCGCUCGGAAUCUAUUUGGCUUUCUCGUGCAGAUUGGGCCUGCUGGGCCUGUGGCUCGGGCUCCUGGCAGCCGUGCUCACCUGCGCCAUUCUCACCGUCACUGUCGUGCUGAGAACCGAUUGGAUUCUCGAAGCUCUGCGGGCCCAGCACCUGACAGACUCCUCCCACGCGGAUCUGGCCAGUCCUGCGGACUCUUUUGUGUCCGAAUCUCAAACUCCGUGCCUUCCCCGUCCUCCUCCUUCUCCUCCUCCUCCUCCUCCUCCCCUCGAUGAACCUUCGCAUGCCAUUCUCGCUCUUCAGCAGCUGCCUUAGAUUUCUAUCUUGUCGCCCUGUCGUGGAUUCGACUUCACCCAAGGGCUUGUUGUACAUACCGUGCAGUUUUGAAUGUGCGCGUGGUCGUAGCUGGACCGACAUUCAGAUUCCCAGUAAUCCGCAUCGGCCAUUUCGGUUCCUGCUGCUGCUUAUUCAGCUCAAUUCCAACAGAUCGGACCACUUGCGCAGCGAAAUCUGACUCUGAACCCCAACAAUUUGUAGACGCCAACUUCGGAGUUUCUACUAGCUCUUCAAAGUUGGCCAGUCUCGAAAGGCAUGGGUGGUGCUGUGAACUCUGAAAGGAUUGAUUCUGCUGGGAUUUGAAUUGAGGCCAACAGAGAUAUUUGGACUCUGCCAUUCGAGAGACCGGAUCUGACACGAACGGUACAUUUUGCAGUGGCAAGGUUAAAUUGCGAUGCUCCUGCAAGUCUUGGCUUACCACAUUCGAUGUCUGCGGACAGAGUCUUCGCUCUUCUGAGUGCACUUCAACAGCCAAAGCAGAAAGACAGAUCCGAAGGUUCCUAUUAAUAUGCUGGCAGAUUAAAUGUGAAAUUGCAAAGACAACUGGCGAUUGCAGUAAUUUGCUGAGCUUAAUUCCCGACGAGGUGUUGUGGUAUUUUCACGAACACCGCCCUGUGUGUGUUGCGAAGACAUGAGGGGAUGAAGGUGAUCAACUGCACAAUUUUGGAAAGCUAUUAGAUGUGAAAUUGAAGAGUUAAAGCUCCAGGAGCAUAUCAGCUCGUAAACCACCGAACACUUAUCUUGGAAACAACUUCGAUCGGAUCGUUACAGAAGGAAACCGAAGGCAUCGAAAUAGAUGUGGUCCCCCAGUCGAGCAUCUUCCUAUCUGCGAUGAGAUUCUAUCCUGACAUACUUCUACAGAUAAUAUGGAUCUCGAAGGGUAGCGGUAAGUGCCGUAGACAAAUGGGGAAAAGAUCCACGACUCGUAUCUGAACCAAUGGAAACCAACUCUAACUCUUUAUUAAGCACACCUAAGAAACAAAUUUCGUUGUUUAACAUCAGUUAAUUCAACAAAUUCAGUCAUUCAUUUGUGACGAAUAUAACCUGCAGCCGUUGUUGCUCAGUGGACUCAAAGUCUCACUCUUCAUCGUGACCUUUUCGCUCUAUCAUGCACUUGACGCUCUCUGCCAAUUGCAAUGUGGUAUGUGGUUGAUUUCUUUGGGUUCUAGCAACUUGGUCCAUAAUUGAAAUAACCUUUGUGUACUAGUCUUUUUGUGGAUCUCAUCCAUCCAUGAAUGUAAUCAAAAGUCAUCUUUCAAAGC